CCGUCCGUCGGCGGCACGCGCACCGGCUCCGGCUCGCGGUGAGUGUCGCGCGGGGGCGGCGGCGUGCCAGUCGCACGCCAGCCGCCCCCAUCGCCAGCCGCCGCCGCAGGUACAUAUCUCGCAGACGCUCGCUCAAGACGUGCUCGGCCGGUGACAGCUCGCUCGCUUUUCAAACACAGCGCUGCGGAACCGUAAAGAACAAGUGGGGCGUCGGCGUCGGUGUGCAGUGUGGGCGGUUGCACGGGCGAGGGGAGCGUGCGGACGGCGGGCGCGGGUAUGGGGCGGCGCGCGCCCGCCUCGCCGGGCCUCCUGCGCCGGCGCUACUCUGUGCCCGAGACCGUGAUGCGCAGGUACCGGCUGGCGAGCGAGCAGUCCGAGCGGGAGGGAGCGUCGUCUCCGGGCGGCGGCGCGGCGUGUGCGUCGCGCGAGUUGGUGCGGCGCUCGGCGCUGCUGCGGCGGCUGUGCGGCGCGCCCGCCCGCCCCUUGUGCAGCUGCGACACUCGCUCGCUCGACGGCUCGCGCUCCGAAGUGUCCGCCACCCUCGUCGGCGUCGACGGAGUCCGCGUGCCGCCCUCGGCCGCCGACUCUUUCCCCGUCUCGUCCGGCGCUCUCGGCGGUUCGCCCCCGUCGCCCCCGCCGGAUCUCCUCGAGAUCGUCGUGUCGGCGACCUCCCCCGCGGGUCUGUCACGGCCGACGAGGACUCCCGCGUCUCGAUCGACAGACCGUACCCUCGACAUCGACGAAUACGUUUCCAACAUUUUGGUGGAUAGCUUGAACUCUUUGACCGAUCGACUGGAGAGUAUGACGGUGUCGAUCGGCGGCGACGGCACAAUCAGUGUCGUAGAGAAAGAGAUCAAAGUUAAGUUGCAAAAUACCGGAGUGAACACCGUGGUCCAUUUGAGUCCGACGUCGAAUAAUCAGAUUAUUUUCGGUAACGAAGAAUUGUGCGUCCGCGAUUUGUCCGCGGCCGCGCCGCCCGCCGGACGGGACGUGUUCGGUGACGAGUCGGAGGCCAACCCGGCGUGUUGGCGCGUACGGUCCGGUGCGGGCUCGCCGUGCGCCAGCCUGGUUGACAGCUUGGACGACCCUGCGUCGCCCCGCGCGGCGCCCGCGCCCCCGCCGCCCGCGCCGCCCCCGCCGCCCGGGCCCGCGCGUCCCCGGCGCCGGCGCUCUCUCUCGCCGUCGUCUCCGCCCUCCCCGUCCGCCGGUUUGGACGAUCCUCCGCCGAGAGAGAGGGGUGAAUCGUUUUUUAUACGCAUGAACGACGAUGAUUGCGCUCGCGAAAAUGAAAACGUAGGGGUGGCGGACCGCAUGCCGGAGAAGAUAAGGCAGCGCUUAUUUAGACGACAUCGGCGUCGAGAGAUGCGAGCGCAGGGAGUGCGGCGGACGGGGGCGCGGCGCGCGCCCGCGCGGGACGUGCAGCGGCAGUGCGCGGCGCUCGUGGACGCCCUCAUUGACGACGCCGUGGUGCGCGUGGCGCGCGAGGAGUACCGCGCCGGGCGCAUCGCACGCGCACGUGCCCCUCACCCGCCCGCGCCGCUCGCCGACGACUCGCCGCCGCGACCUCGACCCCACCAACCCCGCACCGACAACACGAAACGCAUCACGAACGCGACGCGGCCCCGCGCCGACACCGGACGAGGGGCCCCCACGCCGCCCCCGCCCCGACCUUUCCGAGAGCGCGGACCGCGCAGACUGUACCAUAAGUCGGAAAUUCACGACGGCGGCAAAUGCAUAGAAAUUUUGGAGAUCCUAGAAUACGGAAACGUUUCCAGAAGUUCGUCCGAGACAAACUCCGACGAAAGCGUCGACACUUCGAAAGGGAGACGAUCGCGCAUUCCCGUUCCGAUUCGCCGAGACAAAAGCGACACGACUCGCGUGCGCCGCACUUCCGUACCGCCCGCGACGAUCGUGACGACACCUGCGGUCGUAUCCGCGCCCGCCAGGCGCGCUUCCGUUCCCGGUGCGGAACCUCGGGCGCCUUCGGGAUCGCUACGCUUCGAGCGAGUGUUCGACGCGAUUCCAGAGGAGCGAAGCGGUCUCAGCCCGGAAUCGGCCGGCGAGGAGCCGUCGCCGGCCCGCCGCUCGGCCGCCACGAGCCCGCGCGCGCCGCCAGGUCCGACCUCGGCGGGAGGUCCCGACGAGCGCAUCGUAAGAGGCGACCGGAAGGAGGUCGAAGACCGAAGAUCCGUCGGCACGCAGUGGGCUCGAUCCCCUCGGCGGCGGGGCCCUUCUCCGCUCUGGCGGGGGAGCGACGAGGAGAGAGCCCCGAUCGUCGGCGAACGGAGUUCCAGCGAAUGCGAGUGCGACACGGCCAGCGAGCCGCAGCAGGCGCGGCCGGCGCCGGCGUGCCGCCGCGCGCGCCCUCGCCGCCGUGUCCUCCACGCCGUCGCCCCCGGCGCCGCCCCGGCCGCCAGCCCCGCGCCCGACGCUCUCCCCACCGUACACGACACAGGCGCGGACGGCUGGUCGCUGACGCUGGCGGGAUCGUGCCGCGCCGCGCUGCCCGCGCGCCUCGACCUGCGCCUGCGCUUCCCCAGCACGCGCGCCGACUCCCGCGCCACCCCGCGCGCCCGCCACACGCCCCGCAGUGACGCCGCCACCGACCUCUGCAGUGACACCAAGUCACAGGAUACGGAGUGGUCCGCGUGCAAAUGUGAGUCGACUCCGCGUCGCCGUUCGACCGCAGCGCCGGCUAUCGGUUACGGGUCGUCGGCCCGUUCGCCGCGGGGCGGCCGGCGGCCCGGGGAGCCGUUGCCCGCGCUCGGCCCGCCGCCUGAUCGUCGCUCCGACGCCCAGGCGGUGCGCGCGCGCUGCCCCCGCUGCUGGCCGGCGCCCCCCUCCCCCGCGCGGUCGCCGUCGCGCGCCCCGCGCAGCCCCCGCGCCGGAGGUCGAAACGGUAGGCGGGCGUCGGAGAGGGCGGGCCCCGGCGCCGACCCGCUGGCGGUGCGCGGCUGCGCCAUCGUGCCGGAGCGCCGCGCCGCGCCGCCGACCGCCAGCCAGCGGGACCUGCGCCGCAAGCGCCGCGCCACACGCGCCCGCGCCGGCACCGCCGGCCGGUGCAUCUGUCACACUUGA